AUGGCAAUAUACAGAAUAGCAAUUGGGUCUCCUAGAGAGGCUAGUAAUCCUGCUGCCAUUAGAGCUGCUUUUGCAGAAUUCUUCUCUAUGAUCAUUUUUGUUUUUGCUGGCCAAGGCUCUGGGAUGGCUUACAGCAAACUUACAAACAAUGGAGGUGCAACUCCUGAAGGUCUCAUAGUUGCAUCAUUAUCUCAUGCAUUUGCCCUAUUUGUGGCUGUUUCUGUUGGUGCAAACAUUUCUGGUGGUCAUGUGAACCCUGCAGUCACAUUUGGUGCUUUCAUUGGAGGAAACAUCACCUUCUUGAGAAGUAUUUUGUAUUGGAUUGCACAGUUACUUGGUUCAGUUGUUGCUUGCAUUCUUCUCAAUUCCUGCACUGGUGGAAUGGAAACAUCAGCUUUCUCACUAUCCUCUGGUGUGUCUGUGUGGAAUGCAUUAGUUUUUGAGAUUGUGAUGACAUUUGGAUUGGUAUAUACAGUUUAUGCAACAGCAAUAGACCCAAAAAAAGGGAAUGUUGGUGUUAUAGCACCACUAGCAAUUGGUUGUAUUGUAGGUGCAAAUAUCUUAGUUGGUGGUGUAUUUGAUGGUGCAUCAAUGAACCCUGCAGUGUCAUUUGGGCCUGCUGUGGUUAGUAGGACAUGGACACAUCAUUGGGUCUAUUGGGUUGGCCCAUUUAUUGGUUCAGCUGCUGCUGCCAUUCUCUAUGAUAAUAUCUUUAUUGCUGAUGAUGCUCAUGAACCCCUUUCAAAUAGUGACUUCUAG